UCAGAGGCGUACAGUCCGCCAUUGUUAAGUAUCAAUCUACCGUGAUCAUAACACGAUAGAAAACUGCUUUUUGUUCCAUCUGAUUCAAGUUUCUUUUCGAAGCACGCAUUUGCACCUAAUCUGCGAUUUUGUGCUCCUUGAGAAGAAACAUGGAGGCGAGCUUCGCCGGCGAAGUGGCGUCGAUGGUAGAGAUGGCCUUCCAGGCCACCGUGUCAGUCUUCAGGGAUGUGUGGGCCAAAGAGGUACCAGACUCGGAGUGGGAAGACGCCAAGCUCGGCGACGACAUCCAGGAGAUCGAGAGAGGUCUGUUGCUGCAGAUCCAGACCGUGUUCGCCGAGUUCUCCUCCGCCUUGUUCGAGGAGAACGAGGCUUUGAAGGCCAAAGUAGAGCAACUGGAGGACGCGGUCCAGACCAAGGCCGGCCAGCUGGAGCAAGAUCUGCAGGUGCGAGUGGGACAGCUGGGGAGAGACAUGGAGCAGCUGGAGAAGGAGCUGAAGAGUAUCAGCGAUGGAGAAGCAAAGCCUGCUGCUCACGUCAUGCUGCAUGACCAGACCCUGCAAGACCCCCAGUCUGCAGUCACCCCGAUGGUCUUUGUGCGCCGGGGCAGCGGCGCUACCACAGUGAUGCUGCUGGGAGAUGGAGAAAGCCUGGUUGAACCGCUGGCGUCUCCGACAGACGGCGGGACGCAACUCAUCCUUCCACCUGCAGCCUCCCCUGGAGACACGGCCCAUGACGUCCCCAGCUCUGAUUGUUGUUCCGUCAGCACGGAGGACAUGCCACAUGAGCAGCAGUGCUCUACGGAAGAGGCAUCUUCAGGAAAAGCAAGACGGAAGAUCAGCAUCAAAGUUGAAAAAGUGUCUCCUGACAGAAGCGUAGAAGAGAUCAAUUCUGAUCAAAUGGAAGGACGGAGGCUGAGGAAGAAGGAGCCGCGGCCCAUUAAGAGGUUCUUCUGUGAUGAAUGCGAUGCCGCGUACUACUGGAAAGCUGACCUGAAGAAGCACGUGGCGCUCCACAAGAGGCCUUUCCCGUGCGAGCAGUGCGGGCAGAGCUUCUUGGAGAAGAAGUCUCUGGAGAACCACCUCCUGCGUCACGAGGAGUCAAAGACCCCGCUGCCCUUUCCAUGCCCGCUGUGCAAGCGCUCGUACCGUCAGGAGCAGUCGCUGCAGAACCACCUCAAGCGCCACCAGCGUCUCCAGCAGCCCAAGCCCUUCGCCUGCGAGCAGUGUGGCAAGACCUUCCGCAUCGAACAGUCGCUGGAGAACCACCUGCUGCGUCAUGAGAAGUGGAAGCAGAUGCUGAAGUGUCAUCUGUGUGACAAGGUGUGCAAGACACCCGUGCAGCUGCGAGGUCACAUGGUGGUCCACUCGGAGGAUCGCCCCUUUAGCUGUGCCACCUGCGGCAAGGAGUUCAAGAGCAAGGACACGCUGCGCUUCCACCAAAUGGUCCACACCAGUGCAAAGAAGUACAAAUGUCCCGACUGCGACGAGACCUUCAAGUACGCCCACUCGCUGACCGUGCACAAGAGGAAGCACACCGGCAUCACGCCCUUCGUGUGCGACGUGUGCAAACGCUCCUACCGCACGGGCACGGCUCUCAAACGCCACAGCAUGGUGCACACGGGUGAGAAGCCCUUCACCUGCCACGUCUGCGGCGCCAGGUUCAGCCUCAACAACAACCUGAAGAGACACCUGCGCAUCCACACGGGCGAGAAGCCCUUCAGCUGCCAGGACUGCGGGAAGAGCUUCUCCGACAACAACAAGCUCAAGACUCACAUGCUGGUGCACGGCGCCAGGAAACCCUUCAUGUGCGACCUGUGCGGCAAGACCUUUCUGUUCAACUGCCGCCUGCAAAUCCACCAGAAGUACGUGCACGCUGACGGCAAGCCCAAGAUGUUCCCGACCAAGCAGCGGAGCAAGCUGCUGGUCAAGCCUUUCAGCUGCAAGAUCUGCCUGAGCAGCUUCAGCGCCGCCUGCUCGCUCAAACUGCAUGAGAAAGGCCACAGCGAGCAGAAGGAGUUCAACUGCGGCCUGUGUGAGAAGUCCUUCCACAACAAGUACUCCUUUCGCUACCACCAGAGGAGCCACCUGGGAGAGAAGCCCUUUGUGUGCGACGUGUGCGGGAAGGGCUUCUUCCAGGCCGGAAGCCUCAAACAGCACGAGCGCAUCCACACAGGAGAGAAGCCCUACAAGUGCGACCAGUGUGGGAAGGCCUUCCGGACCGACGGGAACUUCUACCGACACAUGCGCAUCCACACGGGGGAGAAACCCUUUGAGUGCACUUUCUGUCAGAGGAGGUUUCACCAGUCCAACCAGCUUAAGUCCCACCUGCAGGUCCACACGGGGCAGAAGCUCUACUCCUGCCAGCAGUGCGGACGCGGCUUCUCUGACUCACGACAGCUUAAGAAGCACAGCUGUGCCACGCCACAGGCAGUAUGAGCACCUUCCUGUCCUCCAGCUAUUGGAGAUGAACGCUGCCUCAUCCAUUCUGCUGAACAAGAACGUGUCCAAACACUAACUGUGCAUUUACAUUCAUCAGAUAUUUAGCAUUUCUGUGUCAACUCAUGCAUUUAUUUUGUCUCAGACUACUCUCAUGCAAAAUCUUUCAUCCCAAAGUUACAUGGUGUAUACUAUCCGAAUGAAUUAUGUUGUCAUCACUGACAUGAUUCCAAAAUGACAAAAAGUCUAUUUUCUUAAACUACUUUGAAUUAACUAUUGCAUAUUAUUUACACGUUUUUCAAGCAUUUUGUGUGUUCUUUUUUUGAAGUAUAACUUUCUGUUCGACUUUUAUUGUGCAGUGUCUUGCAGCUCUUUCAAAGAAUGUUGAAAACAAAACAUGUUUUAUUUUGAAAUCGACUUCGUGUGGCGUCUACUUCCGGGUGUGUUUGCAAGCGGCAGCCAAAGAAGUCUGACUGCU